AUGUCCCGUGAGAUAAUCAGCAGUGCCGAAUUCCCCAUCAAAUCAUUCAACAGUCCGGCUGUUAAGAUCCCAGGGUUGUUAUUUUGUGGAGGUCAAAUAGGUAAAGGUGAUAUCAAAGAUGCUACCCUUACCGCUCUUACUCGUCUCAAGUCAGUUUUGGAACUAGGAGGUUCUUCACUUGAUAAAGUAGUCAAAUUUAACAUCUUCAUUGGAAAUAUGGACGAAUUCGAUUCUAUGAACGAAGUUUUCGUAGCAUUCGUUCCUGAUCCCAAGCCAGCGAGAACUUGUAUCCAAGCCGGUCGUUUACCUGCCGGUGCGGCAAUAGAGAUUGAAUGUAUUGCCGUUUACUAG